AUACCUCAACGCAGCAAAAUGAGCUGGACCUUAUUGAUUCUGAUAUUGCAGAUAACCGAGGCCAGGAACACUGUGACUGGCCACCAAAACAUGACAUGCCCUAGAGAAAUUGUACCCAUUGAUGAACAUCUGUGUAGUCCUGGCAUUGUCUGUCCAAAAAAUGAGACCUGUUUAAAUAUUGCAAAGUGUCGCUGCUUGAAAGGAUAUUAUAAAUGUACGAAACCAGGGAUCAUGAUCUGCAGAGAUGUGAAUGAAUGCAACAAAAUGAACAGGUGCAGUACUCGUGCAACAUGCAUAAACACGGAUGGUGGUUACUACUGCAAAUGUAAAAGACAGUAUCGUCCAACAUCCACAACUCAAUUCUGUCCAAAAAAGAAUCAGCCAGAACAAUGUGAAGUGUUUCCACCAGUAUGUGCUAGUCCAGAAGAAAAUAAAUGUACUCCAAGUAAUGAUCAGGAUAAUUCAUGUUCUCUACUGAAUGGGUUAUACAACCUCCGGAACUCUUCUUGCCAGGAGGAUAAUAAGCAAAACCAAUCGUCUAAACUCCAGGAUGCAGCCAAGGAAAUCUCUCAGAUCCUUACUAAUUCCUCUAGCAAUAGCUUUCAAUCAAUCAAUAAUAAUGUGAUUACAACAUUUCUGGAAAAAAUAGAAGAUGUUGUAUUAAAUUCUUUUAUUCAAGAUGCAAGGGACCAAACUAUAGUAACGCCUGACAUUGACAUUACCAUAAAGAAGUCUUUCAAAAUCUGUGCUGAUGGCUCCAACUUCUUCACUUUGACACUGAUGGACAACAGUAUGAAGGUGCCAUGUGAAUUUGGACGUGGGGAAAAAGAUGGUGCCAUCCUUAUUGCAUAUAAAGGCCUAGAGAUGGUCUCAAAUGGGACCAGUCUGGUGAACUCUAAAGAAAAUGUGUUGAUCAAUUCACAGGUAGUAACUGGAGCUCUCACGCAUGACCAAAAAGUUACUGAUCAACAUCCUGUAUCCUUUCAUCUAAAAAACUUGCAGGACUUGGCCCCAUCCUACCACUUACUAUGUGCACAUUGGGUACCAGAUAUGGGGUGGUGUAGUGAAGAUUGUGAGACAAAAACAUUAAAUGACACUCACACUGCCUGUACCUGCAUCCAUCUCUCCAGCUUUGCUGUUCUCAUGGCUCCUGUACCUGUAAAGCGUGACACUGUUCUUGAACUGCUGUCUCUUAUUGGUCUCGUCAUAUCUCUUAUCUCCCUGGCUCUGUCUCUCCUCACAUUUCUUCUGAUUCGCUCCUUACGAAGUGUACAUACCUCCAUCCUGAACGCACUGAUGGCAUGUCUUUUCUUGGCACAAAUGCUUUUGCUGUUGGGUAUUACACACAAAUGGAAUAAUAUCAUGUGCGCCAUUAUUGCUGGUUGCCUUCACUUCCUCUUCCUAUGUGCCUUUUCCUGGAUGGCUCUGGAGAGCAUUCUCCUCUUCCUGACUGUCAGGAACCUGCAAGCUAUGAAUUACCUGACUUCCCGACGCUCUCAUUUCCCAUCCCUAUGCAUUAUGGGAUUUGGAAUCCCGGCACUGAUUGUCUCUAUCACCGCAGGCUUGCGAUCAGAUGGAUAUACAAAUGAGGAAUAUUGCUGGCUCAAUCGCAAUAUAAUCUGGAGCUUCCUUGGUCCAGUCUGUGUGUUCAUUGUGGUAAAUACUGUUCUCUUGAUCUUCACAAUUUGGCUGCUCCAAGCAAAACUAGCAUCUCUAAAUAUGAAUGUUUCUUCUCUAAAGGACACUCGACUCCUGACAUUCAAAUCAUUGGCUCAGCUAUUUAUACUGGGCCCCACCUGGAUUAUUGGUAUCUUCCAGUUUGGACCUGGAGCCCAAGUCAUGUCUUACAUCUUUACUGUUUGCAACAGCCUGCAAGGAGCCUUUAUAUUUCUUGUGCACUGUCUCCUCAAUCGCCAGGUGAGGGAAGAAUACCGCAAACUGUACCACAAAUUCUGCUCCUGCAAGAAGCAAGGGCCUGACGUAUCCACUGAUACCUUUCCCAUGACUAGUAAACCAACGACUAGCAACACAUACAUCUCAAGGCCAGACCUCAGAGAGAGUAAUCUUGCCUCAAGAGCGGAAUGGUGACAAGUUGUCCUACACUCAUUAUUUAGAGGAGAAAUGCAUCAUUUCUACCAUAUUGUGAACCUCAUCUCUAACGAAACCCCAAAAAUGCUCAGAAUCGUCACCCUGUAAUAUCUAUGUGCAAUCACCAUGGCUUUGGACAAUUAUUUAGUUCCGAACGAUAAUUACUGGAUAGAUAGAACUGCAUCUAGUAUUAAUACCAUGAUGCUGCAUUAAACAUAACAAAAACGC